AUGUAUUCAUGGGGACAGACCCUUUCUUGGCUGUCAUUGUUUUUACUUCCCCCUCUGAGCUGCUGCUCCUCGUUUUCUCGUGCUGCCAUCCAGCCUCAAUAUACCUCGUGUGCAAAUCUAUCAUCAUCUGCGAGUAUCUCGUCUUCUACAACGAAAAUAGGCAUAGAGGGCUAUGCGUUUGCACUUGUGCUGCUUCCCUUGGGGUUGACAGCUUUCACUGCGAUUCUGUACGCGUACUUCAGCGGCGCUGGCAUGGACGGAGAAGUUUUCAUCGCCUUUCUACGAAGUUUGACGCAUUCUCAUCAUUGUACGCACCUGACGUUUCCGUGGUACCUGCUUCUGCCAGUGUGCCAGUCGACAGGAUAUGCGAAGCAUGGAUACGCUAUUGGUACAUUGUACUAGGGUCUCGCAACUACGGAGGCACCAAGUCGCAUCACUAAACCUUCUUUUCCGCACCACAACUUUGACAGGAAGUUUGUCCACUCUCUAUUACUGAACCCACGCAUACUGCACGUGGAAGACGUCCGUCUCGGAGUUGAAUAAAGGAUUGCUCUUGGUCCGGUUGAUUGGAAGGCUUAUGGAAAAUUGAACGGGAGCUGGUACUACCCGGAGAGGUAAGCUCGGCCGUUGAAUAA